ACCUUUUUUUUUCACCUGAUCAAAAGCACCAGCCUUGUUUGUCCCCUUUCUCCAUCCCUGGUUGCAGAAAUCUCUGAAAAAUCUUCAAUCCAAACUCUAAUUCCACGACCAACCUCACCCAAUCGAUUUUUGUCAUCGAUCUGAUCGCAAGGAGCCCAGAUUCGUCGAAAACGGCCGGCUAUCGCCGGGUUUCCGACGCGUUCUUGAAUUAGAGGCAAUGUUCUUAGGCAUUGCCCUAAUUGUCAAGGUUUGCAGGGUUUCGAUGCCACGCGAAGCUUAACUUGAAAGAAUCCAGGGAUUUUUUGGGCUCGAGCGGAAUUUUCAACUUUUAGGGUUUCCAUCGAGCGGGUUUAGCUGUUUUGGAGCUCCGAACUUGAUUACACGAGCACGCAUUCAUGAAAUCAAAGGAACGUUGUUUGCGAGCUCGCUGUUCUUCAUGUUCAAGAAGAAAUCGAGGUUGAGAUGGACGACUUUCGUGCUCGGGAUCAGUUCGGAUUUCGUUGUGGAGUUUUGACGUUAGAGGAUUUGAAUUGCUUUCCGUUGUGAAGGAGAGAGAGAGAAGGAUACGUAGCGGACUGUCAGUAUUCGUCAGUUGGGGUUUUGGGCAGAGAUUGUAACUGGAAGGAUUGUUUCCAUCCUUUUUCUCGUGAUCAUGGAAUAAAUGAAGAAGCUGGUUGUUCGUCUUUUAGCACAGAACUUGCUGCGGGGACUUUUAUGGGGCAGCUUCGAACGUGUUCUCGUAACUACCUGGCCCGCCUGUUGCAUUCUUCCAAUGGGUAUUGGUGUAUACGAGGGCAGUCUCUGAUUCUGCUGCAUGAAUGGCGGAUCUGCCAAGGAGUGGUCCCGUCGAGAGGGAUGUCGAGCAGGCCAUCACUGCCCUUAAGAAAGGGGCAUAUCUACUAAAAUAUGGGCGCAGAGGGAAGCCUAAAUUUUGCCCAUUUAGGCUCUCUAAUGAUGAGUCUUUGCUGCUAUGGUACUCUGGCAAAGAUGAAAAACAACUUAAACUAAGUCAUGUAUCAAGAAUUAUACCUGGACAGCGUACUGCAAUAUUUCAGCGGUAUCCACGGCCUGAGAAGGAAUACCAAUCAUUUUCUCUUAUAUACAGUGACAGGUCUUUGGAUCUGAUUUGCAAGGAUAAGGAUGAAGCAGAGGUCUGGUUCGUUGGUCUGAGGGCAUUGAUUUCACGUGGUAACUUCUCAAAGUGGAGAACUGAAUUAAAGAGUGAUAGAGCUUCCUCUGAUGCAAAUAGUCCAAGUACAGGCGCUUGUGGAAACUCCCAAUUGAGCUCUCCACCUGGAAGUAGUGAUAACUUUCACAAGGACCCUGGAGAUGCCCAACAGAUUCAUGUUCCAUAUGAGAGUCCACAAAAUGGUCUGGCGAAGGCAUUUGCUGACGUGAUAUUAUAUACCGGAGCUCCCAAAGGCUCUAUUCAGUCAGAUUCAGUUGGUAGUUCUCUCAACUCAUUCUCAUCUGGAGGUGCAGAUAACUUGAAUGGCCGGGGAUCUACAGCUGACACUUUUCGAGUUAGUCUUUCUAGCGCAGUGAGCUCAUCAAGCCAGGGAUCGGGUCAUGAAGAUUUUGACACAUUAGGAGAUGUUUACUUAUGGGGAGAAGGAACGGGCGAUGGGGUGCUUGGUGGUGGUGCACAUGGGGUUGGAAGUUUGUCUACUGCCAAAUUGGAUGCGCUUCUGCCAAAGGCACUGGAAUCAGCAGUCGUGCUUGAUGCCCAUAGCAUUGCUUGUGGGAGCAGGCAUGCUGCAUUAGUCACCAAACAAGGGGAACUUUUUAGUUGGGGAGAGGAGUCAGGAGGCAGGCUUGGACAUGGAGUAAAAGCUGAUGUUUCUCACCCUAAGCUUGUUGAUGCUCUCAGUGGCAUGAAUAUUGAACUUGUAGCAUGUGGUGAGUAUCAUACAUGUGCUGUUACGCUGUCUGGGGAACUUUAUACAUGGGGUGAUGGUAAUCGCAAUUCUGAUCUUCUUGGGCACGGUAGUGAAGUUAGCCAUUGGAUUCCUAAAAAGGUGACUGGUCAAAUAGAAGGAAUACAUGUCUCGUCAAUUUCAUGUGGACCUUGGCAUACAGCUCUUGUAACAUCUGCUGGUCAAUUGUUUACAUUUGGUGAUGGAACUUUUGGUAAUCUUGGCCAUGGAGAUCGUAGAAGCAUAAACAUUCCAAGAGAAGUGGAAUCUCUGAAAGGAUUACGUACAGUACGAGCAGCUUGUGGUGUUUGGCACACUGCUGCAGUUAUUGAAGUUAUGGCCGGGUCUUCUAGUGCUAGUGACCUUCCAUCUGGAAAGCUGUUCACCUGGGGUGACGGGGACAAAGGCCGACUUGGACAUGGUGAUAAUGAACCUAGACUUGUACCAGCAUGUGUAGCUGGGUUGGUCGAGUCAAGCUUUCGUCAAGUGGCCUGCGGGAAUGACAUUACAAUUGCUCUUACAACCUCCGGACGAGUACAUGCAAUGGGGAGUACUGUCUAUGGACAGCUUGGGAAUCCUGAAGCCAGUGGAAAGGUUCCCACUUGUAUCGAAGGCAAAAUUCGCGAUAGUUUUGUAGAAGAGAUUGCAUGUGGUUCCUAUCAUGUUGCAGUUUUAACUUCAAAAACUGAAGUUUACACGUGGGGCAAGGGGGCAAAUGGGCGAUUGGGUCAUGGUGACAAUGAUGACAGAAACACUCCAACCCUUGUUGAAGCUCUUAAGGAUAAACAAGUUAAGAGUAUUGUGUGUGGUUCAAGCUUCACUGCUGCAAUCUGUCUUCAUAAAUGGGUGUCCAGUGCUGAUCAAUCCUUUUGCUCUGGCUGCCAUCACCCAUUUGGUUUUAGAAGGAAGCGUCAUAACUGUUAUAAUUGUGGGCUAGUCUUUUGCAAAGCCUGCAGCAACAGAAAGUCUGUAAAAGCUUCUUUGGCUCCAAAUAUUAACAAGCCUUAUCGGGUAUGUGAUGAUUGUUAUACUAAACUUAAGAAGGUUAUAGAAGCUGGACUGACCAGUCGACUUGCAAAGAACCGAAAUGGAAGUACAACUCAGGGUUCCAGUGAGGUGGGAGAAAAAGAAACUGUAGAUUCUAAGUUGCAUGGACAACUCUCCAGGCUCUCUUCUGUUGAAUCCUUCAAGCAGGCUGAAGGCAGAUAUUUGAAGCAGAACAGGAAAUCAGAACCAAGUAAAAGCCAUGCUUCUACUGCAUUCACUGGAAUUUCUCAAUGUGGAAGCUUUUACUCAUCAAGAUCUUCGAAUUUCAUAGUUGGGACUUCGAGGAAAAUAUUUUCUGCUUCUGUUCCUGGUUCAAGAAUGGCUUCUCGAGCAACAUCUCCUGUCUCGAGAAGGCCCAGUCCACCUCGUUCAAUAACCCCAACACCAACUCUAGCUGUCCUUGCAUCUGCCACAGUCAUUGCCAAUGAUUCAAAGCAGAUGAAUGACAAGCUAACCCAAGAGGUUAUUAAAUUGAGGGUGCAGGUGGAGGAUCUUACCCACAAAUCCCAACUCCUUGAAGCUGAGUUGGACAGAACAUCACGGAAAUUGAAAGAGACCACUGCAGUUGCAGGGGAGGAAAGUGCAAAAUCCAAGGCUGCAAAGGAAGUAAUAAAGUCUCUUACAGCACAGUUAAAGGACAUGGCAGAAAGGGUACCUGAAGGGGCUGUUACUGGCAACAAAUCAGGUUCAAUUGCAUCACAUGCCUACAAUAUUCUAAGCCUAACUUUGAGCGACAACCAUCAAAGUGACCAGACAGGUUCUCUUGAAUCCGAGUUCAAUGGCCACUUAAGUAAUCCGCUUUCCUGCAAUGGAACAAAGACACCAACAGAAGAAGCAGAGUGGGUGGAACAGGAUGAACCAGGCGUGUACAUAACUCUAUCAUACUUGCCCAGAGGUGGGAAGGAACUCAAACGAGUUCGCUUCAGUCGGAAGCGGUUUGGCGAGAAACAAGCAGAGAAGUGGUGGGCUGAUAAUAGAGUGAGAGUGUUUGAGAAGUACAAUAUCAAGACAGCAGAAAAAUCUACCACAGAGCCUCUGUCAACAUCAAAUGAAAUGGAUGGCCAGAUUGACUGACAUUACCAGAAUAUAUGACCUCCUGCUCAACCGGAGAAAUGUAAAUUUUCUUUCUGGUCAUCUGGUGGAGUUGCCACCAAAAGAUCGGUGAAUUGGAAAGUGGCAGAUCAGGAAGAAAAAAGGAAAAAUACAGAUGCGCCUUUAGCGUAAUGGACCAUGCUCUUGCGAACAUGCAAUCUUGGGUUUGAGCCCAGCUCAGCAGCUGAGAAAAAGAUCUGCCACCUUCCAAGCUUGUUCUUCUCUUAAAGCCAUCCUUUUAACCCAGGCUUCUCUUCUGAGUUCUCACCUGUUGUUUCUCAUAUUUUCCUCUUUUCCAUUGAUUGUAAUAGCAUUAGUUACUUUGAAGGAAAUCCAAAGAAAAUUUUGUUCAA